GGCGGGGCUUCAAGGUGAGCCGCGCCCUCUCUCUGGAAGCUCGCUUCUGUAGGGUUGCCUUGUUGAAUGAGAAGGGAAGGCGAGGGAGGACAGCCAAUCAACCGUCUCGUAGGAAGCGAGAGGUGGGACUCAAGGGAAAGAUUGGCGUGAGGCCAACCAAUGACGUGAAGCCGCGGUUGCUGCUCCACGUCGGCAUCGGGGCGACCAAGAUGGAGGCGCUGAUCCUGGAGCCAUCUCUCUACACAGUGAAAGCCAUUCUUAUCUUGGACAAUGAUGGAGACCGUCUCUUUGCCAAGUACUAUGAUGAUACUUAUCCUACUGUCAAGGAGCAAAAGGCCUUUGAGAAGAACAUCUUCAAUAAGACCCACCGGACAGAUAGUGAAAUCGCUCUCCUGGAGGGACUGACAGUCGUCUAUAAGAGCAGCAUUGACCUGUAUUUCUAUGUUAUUGGCAGCUCCCAUGAAAAUGAGCUGAUGUUAAUGGCCGUGCUCAAUUGCCUGUUUGACUCACUCAGCCAGAUGCUGCGGAAGAAUGUGGAGAAGCGGGUUUUGCUGGAAAACAUGGAGGGGCUUUUCCUGGCAGUGGAUGAGAUUGUGGAUGGGGGGGUGAUUCUUGAGAGUGACCCUCAGCAGGUGCUACACAGAGUUGCUGUGCGGGGAGAGGAUGUCCCUCUUACAGAGCAGACAGUCUCACAGGUGCUGCAGUCAGCCAAGGAACAGAUCAAGUGGUCCUUAUUGCGGUGAAGAGCAACGUGGAACCUCCCUUCCUGACCUACUGUAUCUCCAGCAACCAACUCAGUCCUCCUUGUCUGUCUUUGCACUGACCAAAAUAUAACAUGACCAUCGUU